CUCUGUGCUUUUCUCCCACUAAGGAUCUGCAGAAUAAUGGAGUCGCAUCACACAGCAGCUCUCAGUGUUUUCAGCACAGCAGACUUCACACUGGAGCUCAUUUAACCCCGGGAUGUAUAAAUUACUGUAAAGUUUUCUCUUCUUUUUUUUUUUUUUUAAAUUUACAGCACAAGGACUUCUUUCAUACGUUUUUCUGCGUCAUGUAUUUUUAUGUCGUCUGACCUUUUCCGUGUUUUUAUGUUUAUCUGAGGGGGAUUAACAGACCCACCAUGGUCUCUCCUACAUAAAUCAACAUUUUUUUCCCCUAUAACUGCAGGCUGCUCUCUGUUUACCUAUAUGAAGGGAUGGGAGGAUCUCAUUGGGUUUUGCAGAAGAGCUGUGCUCCGUGCACAGAUGGGUGUUGUGGAGGUAAAAGCAGCCUCGGAUGAAGUGAGCAGCUCAGGUUUUUCUGUUUGCAGGCUGUGCGUCAUGGGCUGAGCUCCUGCGAUGACUCUUUUCCACCGAAAGCUGUUUUGAAUUAUCCGAGGAUGGACGACGGAGACGGAUAAAGACUUAUCGGACAGACAGAGUUAAAGUAUCUUCACCUUUACGCGAGGAAACUGCGCGCGCACCGGCACGGAGGCGCACCGGAGCUUUGGAGCGCACCAGACUGGAGCUGGAGCGUCAGACAGAUCACAGAUCCAGUCUCUCAAUCCGAGGUUUUUACAGUGCAGUUUGGUUGUUGAGUUGAAGUUUAUAGGUAGAUAGAUCUUCAAGUAGUGGUUUUACAAAGACAUUUCCCUUUAGAUUUAUUCAGUUAAAUGAGUCUAAAUAAUACAUGACCAUGCGUCUUUGUGCGCCUGGAGUUAAAAUAGACGGUCCCGUUGAUGUGGUUUUAGUUGCUUUGACCGGGACACGCUGUUAGAGUUGGAUAUUUGGCUUCGGGUUCAUUGGUUUAACCCUCAGGUUUAAAUGUUAAAUCAUUUUACGCACACUUCUCUUCGUGUUUGGCUUUGAGGCUCCGCUCAGUUUGACCCCACCAGAGACCCCCGUCUCCUCCAUCCUCCCACCGGACCAUGUGGCUCCCCCGCCUCGCUCUGCUGCUGCUGCUCCGGUUCUCCGGUGUGUCGCCGGUGGACGGACUCAACACGUGUCAGACCAUCAACCUGGACGCGCAGAAGUCGCGGCGCAUCGAGGCCGUGCGCGGACAGAUCCUCAGCAAGCUCCGCAUCCGCAGCCCGCCGGACGACGACGAGCAGCCGCCGCCGCGCCCGGUGCCGCCGGAGGUCAUGCUGCUGUACAACAGCACGCGGGAGCUGCUCAAGGAGCGUGCGCGCCUGGCCGAGUCCACGUGCGAGCGCGAGAGCAGCGAGGAGGAUUAUUACGCCAAAGAGGUUCAGAGGAUCGACAUGAUACCUCCACAUGUUACUGGCACAAACACAGUGCAGCCGGACGCACCCAACCCCCACCAUAGAGUCGUCCACUUCGACGUCAGUGGAGUCGACCUGACCAACAGCACCCUGGUUAUGGCCGAGUUCAGGAUCUUCAGAGCUCCCAACCCGCAGGCCCGGGCCUCAGAGCAGAGAGUGGAGAUCUAUCAGCUGCUGAAGCCAGAUGAGGACAGCACCUCCACUGAACGUUACAUCGACUCCCGCACCGUUCAGCCCAGGGCGAAGGGAUCCUGGAUGUCUGUGGACGUCACAGAGACCAUUAAGGACUGGUUGUCAGACACAGAGAACAAUCUUGGCCUGAAGCUGGGCGUCCACUGUCCCUGCUGCACCUUCGUCCCGUCCACCAACAACAUCGUUCCCAACAAGAGUGAGGAGCUGGAGGCCCUGUUCGCAGGUGUUGAUGACGAGCAGCUUCGUCAGUUCAGAAAACCCGGUCAGGUCAAAGGUCAGGCGGAUUUCAGCUCCAAGACGCCGCACCUCAUCCUCACCCUGCUGCCCAGCGACAGAGUCGACAACCCGACCAAGAAGAGCCGCAAGAAGAGGGCGGCCGCCACAGAGACCACAACCUGCACCCGUGGCUCAGACCAGGGCUGCUGCUUGCGCUCGCUCUACAUCGACUUCAGGCGUGACCUCAACUGGAAGUGGAUCCAUGAGCCCAAAGGUUACAAAGCGAACUUCUGUGCCGGAAACUGUCCUUACCUCUGGAGUGCCAACAACCACUACAACAUGAUCCUGCCCCUGUACAACAAGCUGAACCCUGAGGCCUCCGCCUCGCCCUGCUGCGUCCCUCAGGACCUGGAGCCGCUCACCAUCAUGUACUUCAUCGGCCGCACACCUCGUGUUGAGCAACUCUCCAACAUGGUCGUCAAGUCCUGCAAGUGCCGCUGAGGGAGGAGAGCUCAGAGAUGGAGGUCGGGGGCAGACAGGAGAGGAAUGAUUACUGGACUAAAAAAAAAAAACCAACAAACCGCUUCGCUCGGGGGGAAAUAACAGACGAGGACAGACGGAUGGAUCCUGUGUUCAUUAAUCUAGUUUGAUCGACUUUAGCAGACUUUUUCCAGAUAUCAGGAUUCUUUUUCUCCAAUUCUUUUCAGGCUUGAGAACGUAUCAGAUCAUUAUACUUCAUUUUCUGGAACUUUCCAUCUGAUAUAGGACACUGUAAAUAGGACACAUAGCUCUAUUAAACCUGUAUUUGGACAUCAAAAACAGGCUGUUGUGUGAUUUGGCCACAGUUGCUGCUGCAUAAGAAGGAUUCUCUUUAUCAGGAUUUUGAUUCCACCUCGGUUGUAAUGCUGCGGCCGUGGGCAGCCAGACAUGUGCUUGUUUGCUUUAGGUUUCAAGGUGUCGAUUGGGAGGAGGCGUCGUGGAAAGGUUUUGCAGACGGAGAUCUUUAGGCGAGGGAGGCAGGCAGCAGAUAGAAAAGAGAGAGAGGAGCUGUGUCCAGGCAGAGGCCCUGCCAGCCCUCUGCGGUCCCGGGCUGAAAUCUGCCCGGCGUAAACAGGAUGUGAAAGGGUUCCAGACACCGAGCCGACCACUCACGGAACGCUACAUUUAAAUGCUCCCCUCAUCUCCUCUGUCUCUCACUCCCUCUCUCUCUCUCGCUGCUGCUCGAGGUUCUGGGAUUUGUGGUGGGAGGAGAGACAGAGAAAAGAGAGGCUUUGAAAAUGAGACGUGGGAUGAUAGGGCUGCAUUUGGAAUGGCUACAAGUUUGGAAGGUGGUGUUUUGCAGCCUUAGCAAAUUUGUAACUGUUUGGGUCAGGCUCAAAAAUUCUGUAAUCACACACUCUGCUUAUUUUCUGAAUGUAUGUUUAUUAUCUUAUUGUAAAAAGCUGUUGACUCAUAGCUGUUCUUAUGCUAUGAUUAUAUUCUGUCAUACCUAUGUUUAUCAGUCUCACACACACACACACACACACACACACACACACACACACACACACACACACACACACACACACCCAAGUAUCCACAUUGACCACUUUUGAUAGAAUGUCUAAAUGCUGAAAAUAAAAAACAUCCCCAGGGCUCAUUUUAAAUAUAGGCCCUCUGGUAUGCAAGUGGUUUGUGUGCGCGUCUGUACAGUAUGUGUGUGUCUGUAUGUGUGUGAGUGUGUGUAAGUGUGCGCAUGAGUGUGGCUGGUGAGGUCAUGCGUGAUAGUACAGAAAAUAUCGUGUUGUGUGUGAAAAACAUCUGUAUAUAUAGUAUAUCUUUGUGAGGACCAUUUUGAGCAUAGACCUUACAGAGUGAGGACAUUUUGGGUGGUCCCCACUUUUCAAAGAGCUGUUUGAGGGAUAUGACUUGGUUAGAACUGAUAUGACUUAGUCAGGGUUAGGCAUUUAGUUGCAAAGGUUACUGUAGGGGGCUAGGGAAUGCAUUAUGUCAAUGAGUGUCCUCACUAAGAUAGAAGACGUGUGUGUGUGGUCCAGGUAUUUCUCAUGUUGUGGGGACCUACAUCUGGUAACACACAUUAUGGGGACUUGUCUUCCUUUAUUGGACAAAAAUCAAGUCUGCAUAACUUAAAUCAUUAGAUCUUAAGGUGAAUAUAGGUUUUUAGGUUGAGGCUGAGGUUAAGCUUUAAAUUUGGGUUAAGAUUCAGGGUUAGGGUUAGGGUAAGGCAAGUAGUAACGCUUAGGUUAGAGUAAGUCAGAGCAAGUAAAUAAGAAACACAACUCUCUCUGUGUGUGUGUGGGGGGGCAAUUUUGGUUCUAUACUAUCAUUGUGACGACAUUUUCAGGUUGUGAGGACAUUUUGGCAGUUACCUCACAAAUUAAAUUGGCUUUUUGAAGCCUAAGACUUGGUUUUAGGGUUAGAAUUAGGUUUAGGUUAGGGUUAGGGUUAGGCAUUUAGUUGUGAUGAUUAGGGUUAGGGUUAGGGGCUAGGGAAUGCUUUAUGUCAAUGAGUGUCCUCACAACUAUAGAGACGCACGUGUGUGUGUGCGUGCGUGCGUGCGUGUGUGUGUGUGUGUGUGGACAGUGAAGUUUGAGCUGAAAAGGAAGCAACCCAGUCUGACCAAUACGUGGUCGCCAAAACGGCGUCUAGUCGUGGAUGUAUUAACAGACUCUGUGGUUUUCAUGCAAUUAGUCAAAUGAUUGCACAGCCACAUGAAAUACUGGCUUCUGAUUGGCUGGCAAGUGCUUGUUAAAAUAACACUAUAACUGGACGUCUCAAACAUCUAAAUAACCACUAAGUUAAAUACUCAAGGUGCGUUUAAGGGUUAGGUAACAUAUUUUCUCAUUUACCUCUAAUAACAUAAUGAUGGUUUGUUUCCUAUUCAGUGGAGGUAAAUGGGAUUUACCUUUAAUGAAUUUUCCUUUUUCAUACAUUCUUGUAACAGUUUCAAUUAAAAGUGUUAUAGUUAGAUAUUCAAAUCAUGUUUCUGCAGAGACUCCUGGAAUUUCUCAGUGAUGUUAACACAACAAACAAAAUUACAUUCACCCCUUUUGCCUGUGAAAAUCUGGGCAUAUAAAAACCCAAACUGUUUUGCCAGACCGACCACUGAGGGUGAAGAAACACAAAGUGGAGUUUUUAUAUUCUGGAUCAACUGGGCCCUUAAAUGGUCCGUCACCAUAGCAACAGUGCUUCUGCAGUCGUAUAGUUGGCAGUAAAGUCUCACUGGUGAAACUCACAACACUAUGAAGCAGCUGAGGAUUUAAACAGCAGCUUUUAUUCGUCUGUGGUAUGUGUCAUGGUCGUGGUUUAGACGUGAUAAUGCUCUUGAGUCUUGUGUACAACUAAUUAGUCAACAGGAAGCAGCAGUGGUGCACAUUAAAAGUUUAUUUACUCCAAUAAUGUGUGAAAAUUACAAAGAGUAUUUUCAUUUUAUGCCACUUUAAACUUUUACUACAACAAUGAUUGUCCUUUAUACCGCUCUACAUUUCCUCUAACAGCUGUAGUUACUGGUUAUUUUAAGGAAGAUUUUAAAUACAAAACACACUGAGGUAUGAGCUCAAAAUACGAUGCAUUUUAAACUAUCAAACUGUAUUUGAAUCAUUAUAUAAUUCCGUGAUGCGGAUUAAAUCAUUAAAUCUUAUUAUUGUGGAAUUAUUACUGUUCAUUUCUUAUUAAGAGUUUGUAAGAUUGAAUUUGAACUUCUUUUUAACAUUAUUUUUAUCAAACACAAAAAUAACACAAACAAUGCCAACAACAUACAAUGGCCACAAGAACUGACCAUUUAGCUUCACUCCAUGAUAUAUAAAUCAAUAAUAAUGAUAAUAUAUAUUCUAAGUAAAUAUAUAUACAAAUGGGAAAAUUUCUACAGUACGCCCAUAUCUUUACCUCGAUUAGCUACACUAUUAAAACAGGUAACCGGCUUUAAUUCAAAUCUUAAAACCACGUUGGCCACAGAUGAAACUAAUGUAUUGCACUUUGAAGUACAUUUACCUGUUAGUACCUUUGUACUGUUACUUCUCUAGGAUUCAGUAUUUCUACUUUCUUGUAUUCGUAUAGGCUACUUUUACUUGAAUAAAGGAUCUGAAUAUUUCAUUUACCUCUGAGGAUAGGUCGUGGUCAUUGUUUCAACAGGUCCCAUCUCUGCCUUGUGCGUUAAAUAAUAAAACCAGGAGACACACACACUUACCUCCGUUCAUUUCAGAGUCUAACUAACGACUUCUUUGGCCAAUUCAGUCACUUAAAACAAUAAUUAGAAUGAAAAUAUAAAAAGGACUUCAAUUAUACGGUUGUGGACCACAAAUAAAAAACAGUUCACCUCCAUUGUGUUAAAUAUUAUACAUGGAUAUGUAAAAUAAAUGUAAAUUAAACCAAA